GUGAGCGAUGCUAGCGAACGGACGUAUUCGCGCUUAGCCAACCGAUAUAGAGAGCCUUAAUAUAGAUUUUAAGCAGAAGCAAAGUUCAUGUGAGAUUUGCGCAAGGAUUCGAGCAGCAAAAGCGACAGCAAGUUUUUCAGUGCCCAUCCAUAAGUGUAAAAUAAAAAAUAUUGUGAUUUAUCAAAGAAAACGCAAAGUAAACUAGAAACUAAAUACUCUUAAAACAGCAAGUGCCGAAAUUUGAAUUUUCAUUAUAUGUCUUAAUUACAAGUGGACAUUCAAAGUGACAAUUGCAACUAAAAGAACAACAAAAACAGAAAAAGAAUGAAGGACUUUAGCAGAAUGUUUUCACGACGCUAUAGCGCGGUCUGUAUAAGCGAUGAGGAGGCCCAGUCAACAUUGAAACAGUUGCCAGCUGAAGCGGGUGUGCCGGCGCAGAUGCAGAUGCCAACACAAUUGUGUCCUGAAACAGCCGCACAGCGCCGAAAGAGCCUUAAAGCUAACCGUUCGAUGCAUCCCAUGGGAAUAUUGGGCACCUUUUUCAAUGAGCGACACAGCAAGCGACAUGCACGCGUUCCCACACGUGCUUUUUUGCUUUUGGCCAUUGGAUUUUUGGCUAUAACAACAGCGGUACUGGUUAAAAUAUUUCAACCCUACGAUUUAAUAUUCAAUUGGAAAUUGAUAAUGGCCGAAAAUGGUGAAAUCUUUAAUCUCUGGGCCAAGCCUCCAGUCGAUUUGUAUAUUAAAAUCUACUUAUUUAACAUCACCAACGCGCCAGCGUUCCUAGCGGGCCGUGAAAAGAUGAAAGUGGAGCAAGUGGGUCCUUACGUGUACAAAGAGAUAAUGACGCAUGAGAACAUCACCUUCAAUGAGAAUAACACAAUGUCUACCACUCCAAGUCAUCCAUUGGUCUGGCAGGAACAUUUAUCCGAAGGCCGUCGCGAGGACGAUGAAGUUGUCAUGCUGAACAUUGCCAUGCUGGCCAUAUCGCAUUUGAUGGCAGAUCGGCCAUACUUUACGAAAUUGGGGUUGAACACGCUUUUCAUUACCACCAAGUCGCAACCAAUUGUGCGCAUGACUGCCAAGGAGUUCAUGUUUGGAUUUUCCACCGCCCUGGCCACUCUGGGAAACACACUUUUGCCAAAUUGGAUUUACUUUGAAAAAGUGGGCCUUAUCGACCGCAUGUACGAUUUCUCCACGGACUUUGAAACCUUCUACACAGGUGUGCCAAAUCCGGCCAUAUCUGGUCUAUAUGCCACAUAUCGGGGUAAAACCAAUCUGCCCCAAUGGCCGGGUGGGGAGCACUGUAGCAACAUUGAGUAUGCAUCGGAUGGCACCAAGUUCAAGAGCUUCAUAAAGCCCAAUGAAACGGUCAAGUUCUUCAGAAAGAGCAUGUGCAGACCGAUUAAUUUGUAUCGUGUAGGUGAGGAGAAAACAUUCGGCAGCCUUAAAGGAUAUAACUAUGUUUUUGAGGAAAACGCCUUUGAUAAUGGUGCCAUCAAUGAGGCAAACAAAUGCUUUUGUCGCAAUGGUGAUUGCCAGAGUGUUGGCCUUAUUGACGUCACAGAUUGCUACUACGGCUUCCCCAUAUCGCUGAGCUUCCCUCACUUUAUGAACGGCGAUGUGGGACUUCAAGAGAAUAUUACAGGCAUGCAGCCAGAUCCUGAAAAGCAUUCAUCAGCAUUUGUCAUACAACCGGAAUCCGGUCUGCCACUAUCACUCUCUGUUAAAGUGCAAAUCAACAUGCAUUUCAAGGAUCUUCAUAGCUUUCCCCGUGUGUCUAAGUUUAGCCACUUGACUGCGCCAAUGUUAUGGUUCGAAAUUAUGAUGCCUAAUCUGCCUGAGUCGCUGGAUACGCGCUUUAACUUUUAUUUAAAUCUUCUGCCUCUGGUAAAUCCGUUGGGCUUUUGGGGUGCUCUAACCCUAGGCGUCGUAUUGCUCGUCUAUGCCAUUACACGCGCCACUCUGCAUAUGUCCAGCUACGCGCGUCAAGCAGCCAACAUAUCCGAUGGCAAAUAUGGGCGUGCCAAUCUCCUGCAAAAUCUGACUGGCAGCCCAAGCGCCAAUAGUAGCAAUCAGGCUUACAGUCCUUGCGAACUAAAGUUAUUGGAUGACACGCAGUCUAACAAGAAACAUGUUAUCAUACGUGGAAUCGAUGGCGAGUUGGCCUACCAGGAGCGGCGACAAUCCUCAUACGCAUUGGAACUGGAGCCCGCUCUCUCGGGCUCAGAAAGCAGUGACGAGGGCAACGAUAGCGAUACUGUGACUUUAAGUCGCAACUCCACCACGUCAAGUUCUUGCAUGGAAGCUGAGCACUGCGUAGAUGAAGAUAUCUGCUUGGACUGUUUCGAUGAUGCUGUGAGUUCAAGCACGAGCAGUCUUAGUCACAGCAGUGGGACACAGGCAGUGGGGAGUGACAAGCAACAGCAACAGUUGGGUGUGAGUUUUGCCAGCAGCGGUUUCGCCUCUUCACCUGCCUCAGCCAACAGCUCUAGCUCUCAAGUGAAUAUGGUUGUAGGUAGCGGUAGCAGCGACAGCAGCAACAGUGCCAAAAGCUGGACUCCAUAUGCGCAUCCAGAACAACUUGGUGGGACAAUAACAACAUCCAUGAAGCAUGUGUAGAAUCGUAGUUGAAAUGUCCCACUAAUUAACGGCUAGAUUAGGUUAGGUUGUCGGUUUUUACCAUAGCUAUAAAUAUGUAUAUAGAUAUAAGCAUAUCAUUUUUACAACUGUAGUUUUGGGCAUAUUGGUCAUACCUGCACCAUGCAUCGGAUUAAUAAAAUAUUCUGAGAGUAAUUCUUAGUUAUAUUGCAAAUAAUAUUUGAACCAAAAACUGGUUCACUACUGUGAUAGCUUUAAUAACAAAAAAAUGGAAUGUAGUUGUCCAAAUCCCAACCCCAUUAUAUAUCCUCUGUACAUAGCUCCCAAUUUGUUUUUAAUUUGCAAAAACUAACAUUUGAAUUGCAUUAUUUAUAUCGAAAUAGUUUAAGCAGAGAAAUAACUCUCACCUCCAUGAGGUUCGUUGACCAAAACGAAAUAAUUUGAAUUUAAAUAUGAAUUAAAGCAAAUUAUAAUGAAUACAAUAAGAAAAUCGCGAAUUGUCGCUGAAUUUGGUAUUCUAUGCUAAGAAUUGCUGUGAUUUUGUGUUGAAUCUGGGCACCGUAGAAUUUAUAAGUUAAUACAUGAGUUGUUAACAGAAAAGAAAAUGUCUGCACUAAAUUAAGUUAGCUUUAGUGUUUUAAUGUAAGUUUUUCAAAAAUUUACGUGUAUAUAUAUAUACCUUGCAAUAAAUGUGCAUAAAAGCGUGA